AUGAAAGCAACCAAGAUAGUUGCGACAACAGUCUCUGUCCUGCUCGUCGUGGGCGUGUGCAUCGGCGUGCUAGUCAGCGUGAAAGGUAAAGGCGGGUCGGGAAAUGGGGACCAGGUUUCGUCGACUUCCAAGUCCGUGGCCGCCAUUUGCGCACCAGCGGAUUAUAAGCAGGCCUGUGUCAAUAGCCUCAGUGCGGUGGCCAAGAACGAAAGUGCCUCGCCGAAGGAGCUGAUUCAGGCUGCCAUUGCAGCCACUCUCGAGGAGGUUAAAGCAGCACUUAAUAAGUCGGGAUCGAUCGGGAAAUCGGCCACAAACUCCUCUCAGAAGAUGGCUGUCGAAGAUUGCCAGGACUUGCUGAAAUUCGCUGUCGACGAGCUCCAAUCCUCGUUCUCCAUGGUGGGAGACAGCGACUUGCACACCGUGAAUGAUCGGGUCUCGGAGCUUCAAAACUGGUUGAGCGCCGUGAUAUCGUAUCAGCAGACAUGUUUGGACGGUGUCACGGAACCGGAUUUGCAGAAGCAGAUGUCCAAUGGAAUGCUAAAUGCCACAGAGCUAACAAGCAAUGCCUUGGCAAUUGUUUCGGCGAUUUCCGGGAUCUUGACCUCCUUCAAAAUUCCUUUUAAUAACACUGCAAGCUCACGCCGACUUCUAGAGGAGGCCGAUGCUGAGGACGCCGACGGACACCCUUCUUGGUGGUCUCGUGAAGAUCGGAAGCUAAUGGCAAGGCAGGCAAAGGGCCAAGUGACACCCAAUGCGGUGGUGGCAAAGGAUGGGAGCGGACAUUAUAGUACUAUCGCCGCUGCACUUGCGGCAUAUCCCAAGAACAACAAAGGCAGAUAUGUCAUAUAUGUGAAGGCCGGUGUAUACAACGAGUAUAUCACGGUUACUAAGGAUCAGGUCAAUAUUCUCAUGUAUGGAGACGGGCCGAGGAAGACGAUGGUCACCGGGAAGAAAUGCAAUCGCGACGGCGUGUCCACCUUCAGAAGUGCUUCUUUCUCCGUAAUCGGAAACGGGUUCAUAGGUAAGUCGAUGGGGUUCCAGAACACGGCCGGCCCUGAGGGCCACCAGGCUGUGGCGCUCCGAGUCCAAUCGGACAUGGCGGCCUUCUUCAACUGCAGAAUGGACGGGUACCAAGACACCUUAUACGUGCAAGCGCACCGCCAGUUUUACCGCAAUUGCGUGGUAUCCGGCACUGUGGACUUCAUAUUUGGAGAUGCAGCGGCGGUAAUCCAAAACAGCCUGAUCGUCGUGAGGAAGCCCAUGGACAACCAGCAGAACACGGUGACGGCACACGGAAGGACGGACAAGCACGAGACCACCGGCCUCGUGAUCCAGAACUGCCGCAUUGUGCCCGAACAGAAGCUCUACCCUGUGAGGUUACAGAUUCCGUCUUACUUGGGUAGGCCUUGGAAGCAGUACUCGCGGACGGUCAUCAUGGAGUCAACAAUAGGGGACCUGAUCCAGCCAGCGGGGUACAUGCCCUGGAGCGGGAACUUCGCGCUCGACACUCUGUACUAUGCCGAGUACGCAAACCGGGGCCCUGGUGCGGCGACCGACAAGAGAGUGAAAUGGAAGGGCUUCCACGUGAUAAAGAACCGGAACGAGGCCUUGCAGUUCACGGCCUCACCGUUCAUACAAGGGAACCAGUGGCUCAAGCCGACCGGCAUGCCUUAUCUGCUCGGAUUCAAAGGAAACUAA